GCGCUCCCCCCUCGCCGCCCGGCUGGGCCCGGCUCGGCUCGGGCACUGGAACGACUUUGCCGGCGCGCCUCGCCCGCGCCGCGCCGCCCGGGCUCCUGCACCCCGCAGGUCUCCCGGCACUGGGGCUGAGAGCGCGGGGCACCGGCCCCUUCCCUUUCUCCAUCACCUCCGCGGCGCCCCAGGCUUUGGAGGAAAUGAGUUUUACUGGGCUCGUAGCUGGUGGAGGUUCUCCUGACCUCCGCAAAACGUGGGAGAUCGCUGAGCUUGGGGUGGGGGUCCGGAAGUGCAACCUGUUUCCUAUAAAAAUGAGGAGAAGCAGACGCGCUGACUCGCCAGCACCUACUUUAUUUGCUUAGGAUGGGAGGAGUAAUGGCUUUAUUAUAGCAGUUCAGGACCAUUUGUGACUAAAAGAAAAACAACAGUUUGUCAAGUUGCUCCUCGCUUAUUUGUUAUUUGGGAAAAAAAGUCAUCCAAGCUUGAAGAAACCCUUGGAGUCCAGUUGUUUACGGUGAACAAGUUGAAAUCAUCGCAGAAGGAUAAAGUUCGUCAGUUUAUGAUCUUCACACAAUCUAGUGAAAAAACAGCAGUAAGUUGUCUUUCUCAAAAUGACUGGAAGUUAGAUGUUGCAACAGAUAAUUUUUUCCAAAAUCCUGAACUUUAUAUACGAGAAAGCGUAAAAGGAUCAUUGGACAGGAAGAAGUUAGAACAACUAUACAAUAGAUACAAAGAUCCUCAAGAUGAAAAUAAAAUUGGAAUAGAUGGUAUACAGCAGUUCUGUGAUGACCUGGCACUUGAUCCAGCCAGCAUUAGUGUGUUGAUCAUUGCAUGGAAGUUCAGAGCAGCAACACAGUGUGAGUUCUCCAAACAGGAGUUUCUGGAUGGCAUGACAGAACUAGGAUGUGACAGCAUAGAAAAACUAAAGGCCCAGAUACCCAAGAUGGAACAAGAAUUGAAAGAACCAGGACGAUUUAAGGAUUUUUACCAGUUUACUUUUAAUUUUGCAAAGAAUCCAGGACAAAAAGGAUUAGAUCUAGAAAUGGCCAUUGCAUACUGGAACUUAGUGCUUAAUGGAAGAUUUAAAUUCUUAGACUUAUGGAAUAAAUUUUUGUUGGAACAUCAUAAACGAUCAAUACCAAAAGAUACUUGGAAUCUUCUUUUAGACUUCAGUACAAUGAUUGCCGAUGACAUGUCUAAUUAUGAUGAAGAAGGAGCAUGGCCUGUUCUUAUUGAUGACUUUGUGGAAUUUGCACGCCCUCAAAUUGCUGGGACAAAAAGUACAACAGUGUAGCACUAAAGGAACCUUCUAGAAUGUACAUAGUCUGUACAAUAAAUACAACGGAAAAUUGCACAGUCAAUUUCUGCUGGCUGGACUGAACUGAAGAUCAAUCCUCAUAAUUCAAACUGAGGGUUGAGACAAAUCUUUAAGGAUACAUCUUGGACCAUAUCGUAUUUCAUUCUCCUAAUGGUGGUUUGGGCUUGUCUUCUAGUCUGGGCCGCUCUAAACAUUUAUAAUUCCAACAUUGUGGAUUUCAUCUUAUAUCUGUGGACCAUCCUAGUUUGUUCUCCCAUAAGUCUUAGAAGCUUUAUGGUGAUUAUUUUGAGGUUUCCAUUCUUGCAUAAAGCACAAUGCUGUCUUCAUCAGAAAACAGUUUGGCAUAAGAAUUAAACAUAAUGAACAUCACAAGCAAUUUAUAAAAACUUCUUAAAUAUAUGCUUUGGGCUAGUUGCAAAGACUAUGCUGAUAGCACUUCCAAUGAGAGUGAUAUAUUUAAGUGUACUGAAUCUGGAAUGGUGUUUUUGUUAGGGGGGAUUUAAUUUUUUCCUGGCGAAUCACAUGUAUCAUUGACGUGAGUAGAAUAUCUGAUGAAAGAAAUGUCAAAAAUAACCAACGUGAAAAUUUUUUUUAGGAUAAUUGGUGCCUACCCAAAAGAUGUAUUGUGUUUUAGACUCUUGAUUCCAAAAAGGUUCUACAGAACUAGUCUGUACUUACCUUACCCAGGUGGUCCCACAGGGAGCUUUUAUUGAAAAAACAUCUGCAUAAUGUAGAUCCCACUCUGGUCUAUAUUAUGCACUACGUAAUUGGAUUUCAUUAUGCUUUUGAAAUACUUAUAUGCCUAUCAGAUAAGUUAAACUAUUUAAUUUGUUUUGAAUGUUUUGGAUUGCUACACAAUACAAUAUUCUAAAUUUAGGCAUGAGGGUUUAUUUUUUGUUUUUUCCUUCUUUUUUGGUCAUCGCACUAUGGAACACAAAUGAAAUUCUCUUAAUUUAUAAGAAGAUAGUAGGAAUUAAAUUUUGAAAAUGGUUGUGAUGAGCCAUGAAGUUCAAUCUUUAUAAUAUAGGUACUGCUCUUUCAGACAAGUAGUCCAUUUUUGAUGACUUCUUAUUUUGUUGAAAUUGCUUUAACUGCUAAAUCACUGUGGUUGCCAAAUAUUUAAAAACUUCAAGAGCAAAGAUUUUCAACCAACCAUAUACUUUAUGCAGAAUACCAAUCUGGCUUUUAUUUUUGUAAAUUAUUUGGACUAUUUUUUUUUUGUUUCUCUCAAAUUAGUUCAGUUUUCACAUUAAAGCAGUUUGCUAUCUUGUAUUUAUUUUGCUUGUUACAAGGCCCAUGCACUGCUUUCCUGCUGAAAACACCCAUUUGUGUUUACUUACAUGUGAAGGCUUUAAGUACUUUCUUAAAUGUUUUGAUAAGGCAAGUUAAAGCUUAAAUUUUAGAUGACCAUGGCCAUUAAUAGGAACAGAUUUUCCUUGGUGUAUCUUGGUACUAAGAAUCUAGUAUUGAUAUUAACAAAAGAUGUACUUCAGAAUAGCAGUACAUUUUAUACCAGAAUAUGUUUUUAAGAAACAGUGACAUACUAAAACAUGGAUUUACUGAUUUGAAAUUGACUAGAAGUCUCAUCCCCUCCAUAUUAUGUUAAUAUUCUAGCUACAACUUCAAGAAUACAGUACUACCAAAAGAAGAAUUGGAAAAUUUUGUUUAGGUUAAA